UCAGCUGUGCUCAUUCACAGAGCUGGGCGAGCGGUAGGACACAUCCCUGCAGCACUGAGCGGAGAGCAGAGAGGGCUGUUCACCUCUAAGGACAACAGACUAAACAUGGAACCAUCCAAAGACUAUCUGUUCAAAUACAAAGGGUUUUAUUUUGGUGUAAAUACUACACUUGAGUAUGUAUCUACUUUGGAGGAUUUUGAAAUCAAUGACAGUGAUGUAUUUCUAGCUACUUACCCCAAAUCAGGAACUGUGUGGACUCAGAACAUUUUGAGUUUAAUAAUGUUUGAAGGCCACCGUAAUGGAACAGAAAACAUAGACAACAUGGAGAGAAUCCCAUGGCUGGAAUACAAUGUAAGCAAUAGGAAUUAUGCAGAGCUUCCUGUGCCUCGUGUUCUUGCCACCCACCUGCCUUACUACUUAGUUCCAAGAGACCUGAGAAACAAAAGAGCAUCUGUUAUUUAUGUUACCAGGAACCCCAAGGAUGUUAUGGUUUCGUACUACCACUUCUCCAAGUACAUGAACACGCUAGAGGAAAUACCAGAUUUUAACCUUUUUAUGGAGAGGUUUUUAGCUGGCAAAGUCCUUGGCAGUUCUUGGAUAGAUCACGUUUCAGGCUGGUACAAUCAUGCAGAGGACUUCAAUAUACUCUUCCUGACCUAUGAAGAGAUGAAAAAGGAUCUCAGAAGUGCUGUGCUGAAGAUCUGCAGGUUCCUAGGCAAGAAGCUGAGCGAAGAGGAAGUGGACAGUGUUGUGAGACAGGCUACAUUUGAUAAUAUGAAAAAAGAUCCCAGGGCAAACUAUGAGAACCUGCCAGACGAGUUUGUAGCCAGAGACAAGGGCACUUUUCUCCGAAAAGGCACUGUUGGAGACUGGAAAAACAACAUGACAGUGGCGCAGAAUGAAAGGUUCGAUCAAGUUCUUAUGGAGAAAAUUAAGGCCCUGCCCAUCAAUUUCAUCUGGGAUAUAAAUGACUUGUAGGGGGGGGUUGAGUUUCAUAACCCUUUGUAAUGGAUGGAUGCAUC